AUGGCUCGCCCGUCCUCUUCCAGCUCAGCGUCGGGUUCGUCCGCUCGCAACGGCGCGUCAAAGAGGAAGCGCAACUUGCCACCUUCUACCACAGUCACUACCACCACCAAGGCACCCACCGCAACCAAGAGCAAGUCAACGGCAAAGGCCGUCCAACUCGACCUGGGCGAGUCGGACGACGACGAGCAGGCCGAGAUUGACCUAGCUUCCGACGAUGCAGAGGACGUCGAUGCUUCCGACGACGACGAGCAGGACGAGUUUCCCGAGAUCGAUCUCGAAGCUAGCGAUGACGAAGAUGCACCUGGAGCAGAGGAGGAGGAGAGCGAUGAACAAGAGGAAGCGGAAGAUGAAGCGGAAGAAUUGCACGACAGCCAAGCAGAAGACGGCGAUUCCUCUGAACCAGGUUACAACUCAUCCGACAUCGACAACUCCGACUUUGACGACGACGCCGACGAGGGUGAUCUCGCCUACGACUCCGCAGAUGAAGACGAACGUGCUUCUGCCUUCGCCGCUCGCAGCGAUGCUUCUCAAACCAGUAUCGAUGAAGAACUCUCGCGUAUGAUGUCGCGCUACUCGUCCAAGCCCGACGAACAAUCCGGCUCGCUCUCCGCCACCAACAAGCUCGGCGUCCCACGCUCUCAAGCAGCACAAGCCUUCGACCUACGCACACGCAACCCCGACGGCUCAGCCAAAGGCGUCUUCAAGCGCAGCGAGAUCACAGGAGAGAUGAAGCGUGUCUAUCCCGAAAUCAAUGCCGAGUACGACUCGGACAGCAGCACUGAGGACGCAGAAAACCGAAUCGGCAACGUUCCACUUGAGUGGUACGAUGAUCUCCCGCACAUCGGCUACAACAUUAACGGACGCAAAGUCAUGAAGCCAGCAACCAAGGACGAACUCGAUAAAUUCCUCGACACCGUCGAUGGCGAUGGCGAGGCCUGGUUCUCUGCACGCGACAACUCGACCGGCAAAGACGUCCGCCUGUCCGACGAGGAGCUUGCCAUUAUCCGCAAGCUGCAGAACGCCGAGAUUCCAGACGAUGCCUAUGACCCGUACGAAGACUAUGUCGACUGGUUCACGGGCGAGGACAAGGUAAUGCAGACCGCGCUCACCGGUCGACCUGAACCCAAGUCGCGCUUCGUGCCCAGUAAGUGGGAGCACAAGAAGGUGAUGAAGAUCGUCCGAGCCAUCCGCGAAGGUCGCAUCGUGCCAGGUGCAGCUGCCAACAAGGACACCAAGCCCAAAUUCUACAACAUCUGGGCCGAUGCCGACGAGAACGACACACGCAGCCCUUGGGCCGUCAUGGCUGCUCCCAAGCUCACCCUUCCCGGCCACGCCGAAUCGUACAACCCCCCCGCCGAGUACCUCUUCAACGAGCAAGAGCAGAAAGACUGGCAGGAGGCCGACCCCGAGGACCGCAAGCAAAACUAUCUGCCUGCCAAGCACGAUUCGUUGCGUCGAGUAGGCGCAUACCAGAACUUUGUCCAGGAACGCUUCGAACGCUGUCUCGAUCUCUACCUUGCGCCGAGGAUGAUGCGUAAGAAGCUCGACAUCCACAACCCGGAGAAUCUGCUGCCCAAAUUGCUGUCGCCCAAGGAGCUCAGGCCAUUCCCGACCACGACCAGUGUCGUGUACGCCCAUCCAGACGGCGGCAGGGUGCGAUGUCUCUCGGUCGACCCGACGGGCAACUGGCUUGUCACGGGUGGCGACGAUGGAAGGGCGAGGCUGUGGGAUGUAGCUAUCGGAAGGUGCACGGCGUCGUGGGACGUGUGCGAAGGAUUGCCAAAGGCGGACCGUUCCGCGGUGCACUCGGUUGCCUGGUGCCCGACCAAGAACUACUCGCUUUUCGCUGCUGCUGUCCACGGCCGUGUUGCCAUCAUCGCUCCGCCCCAGACGCAGAACUAUGCAAAGACGUCGGCCAACGCUCUUUAUUCCAAGUCGGCUCCUGCCUCUUCGAGCGGUGCAACGGCCACUUCGACUGCUUCGUUCCUCUACGCCACGUCAGCGGCGGCAACGUCGAUGCCUGCCAAACCAGACGCUCGCGCCCCCGUCGCCUGGACUCGUCCCUCCGAAUCCGAACGUCGCAUGGGAGUCGCCAUGCAUCUCAACAUCACCUCGAGCUCCGCCAACAACCUCAAGACGGUCGUAUGGCACAACAAGGGCGACUACUUUGCCACUGUCUGCCCCGACGCCGCUGCAGGCUCCGCAGGCUUACUCAUCCACCAGCUGUCGAAACACCGAUCGCAGUCACCCUUCCGCAAAGCGUCCAAGGGCUCGUCGGUGCAGAAGAUUGUGUUCCAUCCGACUAAGCCGUGGGUGUUUGUCGCCACGCAACGCUACAUCCGCAUCUACGACCUGAUGGCCCAGUCGCUCGUAAAGACGCUCCAGUCCGGGUUCAAGUGGAUUUCGUCGCUCGACGUUCAUCCCUCCGGCGAUCACGUGAUGGUCGGCAGCUACGACAAGAAGCUCGCCUGGUUCGACCUCGAUCUGUCGACGCGACCGUUCAAGGUGCUCAAGUAUCACGCUAAGGCCGUGCGGGCGGUGCACUUUAGUACCAGCUGGAACCUGGUCGCGGAUGCGAGCGACGACGGCACACUCCAGCUGUUCUACGCCAAGGUCGGCGCGGACUAUGGGGACAAUCUGACGCUGGUGCCGCUCAAGGUGUUGAGGGGGCACGAGGUGAAAAACGGGUUGGGCGUGUUGGAUGUCAAAUGGCAUCCGAACCAGCCGUGGUUGUUCUCGGCAGGGGCGGAUGGCAAUGCUGUUUUGUGGACGACUUGA